AGCGAAAGCAAGGGAAAAGGAAAAGGAAAAGAAAAGUAGACGCUCGGGAUAUCAUCACCGCCUUCUCUGACAUUCCGACUGUUUUGUUCCUUUUUUGUUUCGUCCCUGAAUAGACCGCGACCGACGUCAUCUACACCCUCUCUCUACUUCUCUCUCUCUUUCUCUCUUUCUCUCCUUUUCUCUCUCUCAGCUUCUUUAUUUCUUGAACAACACCUCAAUUGAGUGUAUUCGGCUCUGCUCUUUGCAAUUGAUCGGCUAUUUUUGAUUUUUGAUCGUUGCGAGUUUGUCAAUUGCUGCUCCAUUAGCUCCGAGCUGGAAAAGCGGACAUAGAAAAGCGUCCUCAAAAAAAUAAUCCCGCUCCGAGCAUCACGAAAUACUCGCUUCUCGCUAUUCUCACCAGAUUCUUUCGACUUCAUUAAUCAAUUGCACAUUAUUCGUGCGUCGAUACGACUACCAGUCUAACCGACGCAUCGAGCUUAUCCAUCAAUUGACGAUCGACCGUAUUCUUAUCUUCUGUGCUCACUUACCGAUUCCGUUCCGUUCUUUUCUUAAUCUACCUGAAUCGAUAUUCAAUGCAGCCUCGACGGGAAUAUCACAUCGUUGUCUUGGGAGCUGGUGGUGUUGGGAAAAGCUGUCUUACCGCGCAAUUCGUACAAAAUGUCUGGAUUGAGAGCUAUGAUCCGACGAUUGAGGAUUCAUAUCGGAAACAAAUAGAAGUCGAUGGCCGGCAAUGUAUUUUAGAAAUUCUCGAUACCGCUGGAACAGAACAAUUCACCGCCAUGAGGGAACUAUACAUGAAACAAGGACAAGGCUUCCUCCUUGUCUUCUCCAUCACCAGCAUGUCUUCUCUCCACGAACUCUCCGAAAUCCGCGAACAAAUCAUCCGCAUCAAAGACGACACCAAGGUCCCCAUCGUGAUUGUGGGCAAUAAAUCAGACCUCGAAGAAGACCGCGCCGUAUCACGAGCACGCGCAUUCGCACUAUCGCAAAGCUGGGGCAAUGCGCCUUAUUACGAGACCUCGGCGAGGAGACGCGCAAAUGUGAAUGAGGUGUUUAUUGAUUUGUGUCGGCAGAUUAUUAGGAAGGAUUUGCAGGCGUCGCAGUUGAGGUCGUUGGAGAUGCAGGCGAGGAAGAAGGAGAUGGCAGCUAGUGGGAAUGCGAAAGAGGCGCGGAGACGGUCGAGAAGACGGGGCCAGUGUGUUAUUAUUUAACCCUCUUGCGACUCCAUCUCAUGAUCACGACUCCACGACCAUAUCUCGACACGACCGAACUACUUCCAUCACGACAUACACCAUUUAUCACAUGAGCUGGAACUCCUACCAAAAGACAAUAUCUUUCCUAUACAUACUUACAACAUACAUAAAUACGAGGGGGAAAAAUACUCGAUACAUUACAGUUAUGAGGGCAGGUCUAAAGGGGAAAAGGAAGGAAGGAAAAGUCAUUUAAUUCUUUGUAUAGGUA